UGGGAACAGAUGGAGGAUUGGCGCGGGAGAUUUGAAGUUGUUAUGCGGAGGACGACCGGCGCUGUGGAAUCGUUACCAGGUUGAAAGCGUGGAGGGAACGUCGAGGGAGCAACGAGGGAGCGCCGAAGGAAUCGUAACGAGAUGCGACAUGACUCAAGGGCUAGGAUAUACAAGGGAACGCCGGAAAGUGGGAGCGCUGAUUUUCUUAAAUCUUUCCCGAAAUAAGAAGGGAAUGUGAGGAGUUGAAUAACUCCACACAAAUCCCAGCAGCAGAUGGCCGGCCGCUCACCAGGUACGCGGCGAAUUCGCGUAGUAGCGGAGCGGCGAAGAGAGGUUGGAGAACGAGAGAGUUUGGAGAUCGAGGACGGAGAACGUGAGAGUUUGGAAAAAGUGAGAGCUUGGGGAACGCGGGAUUUUGGAGAACGUGAGAGUUUGGAGACCAAGAAUGGAGAAAGAAGAGCGGAGACUUGGCGGGCGGAGCAAAAGUGCCGUGUGCAAAAGGGAGUAACGGGACGCCGCCGGACGUUUGACGCGACCGUGAACUUUGGACCACGAGAGAAGGUGCCACAUCUCGGCAGCCGUGCAAACGAACGCAAGUGAUUACGGUAUGGGUGCCAAUUUGAC